AUGCUAGUAGCCCUAUCCGACAAGAUUCCUAAGGAAGUGUCGGACGCCGUUGAUGAGGAUAAGCGUUCUCGCAGCUUCGUUAUCAGUGGUUUGGAAGAGGCUUCUCCUCAGAUGCGGCCAUCAGAGCGCCAAAUUGAUCUUGAAGGUAAAGUGCGGGACGUAUUGGACUGCCUAAAUGUCGAAUGCCGGCCAGUUGAGAUCUAUCGGCUAGGAAAACCAGCGACGGACCGUCCAAGGCUUGUAAAAAUAGUACUUCCGUCAAAAAGUCAUUGGCGAACUGCCUUUAAAAAUGCUAAGAACUUGAAAUUCUCGAGUCAGCUUAAAAGCGUUUUCGUAAGACGGAGUAUGACCCAGGAAGAAAGAAGCCGCGACUACGAACUGAGGCAGCAGGCCAAGGAUCGUAAUCGAGGGAAAGACAAACGAGAAUGGGUGGUCUUUAGGGGCGGACUGAAGCACAUUACAGAACUUUCUAACAAAGGACAGGGAAACGCAUAG